UCUCGUCUCGUGAGUCGAGAGAGAAACCGUCGCUCUCUCUCGGUAGAGAUCGAGCUGUUCGUCUCUCCGAGGGAUCGUUCUCGUAUCCGAACCCUAGGCGUUCCUUCUCCGAGUGAUCGUUGAAACCCUAGGCGUUCCUUCUGAGGUUCGGUUCUCUCCUCCUCGUCUCCUUCUCUGAUCCAAUUUCAAGUCUAAGAGGCGUUCGCGGGGGAUUCCCAAUUCAAGAAUUCGAAGAGGGGAGGAGGAGGAGGAGAUCGAAAGAGUGACGUUCGUGCAGUGUUCGUGCGUUCGGUUUCGUGGUUUGGAGUUUCAGCAUGGCACAGAGUAAUUGGGAAGCAGAUAAGAUGCUUGAUGUUUAUAUUUAUGACUAUCUGGUGAAACGGAAUCUGCAAACGACUGCAAAAGCCUUCAUGGCUGAAGGAAAGGUUGCUGCGGAUCCAGUAGCAAUUGAUGCUCCGGGAGGAUUCCUUUUUGAAUGGUGGUCUGUGUUUUGGGAUAUCUUCAUUGCUAGGACAAAUGAAAAGCAUUCUGAGGUUGCUGCAGCUUACAUAGAGGCUCAACAGAUGAAAGCAAGGGAGCAGCAACAACAACAGCAGCAACAGUUGCAGAUGCAGCGAUUGCAGCUCAUGCAGCAGCAACAUCCGCAAAUGAUGCGUAGGGAUGCUAACCAUCCUGCUCUUAAUGGUACUUUAAAUGCCAUAAACUCUGAUGGAGUCUUGGGGACGCCACCAGCAAGUGUAUUAGCUGCUAAAAUGUAUGAAGAACGUAUGAAGCAUCCCCACUCAGUGGAUUCUGAGGCAUCCCAACAACUUCUUGAUGCUAGUAGGAUGGCCCUUCUUAAAUCAGGAACCAACCAUCCUGGGCAACUAGUCCAAGGUAGUCCAGGCGUACCUGCUGCUCUGCAGCAUAUUCAGGCACGAAGUCAACAGGCAACCGAAAUCAAGAGUGAGAUGGGUGUAGUGCAGAGAUCCUUGCCCAUGGAUCCUUCUUCGUUAUACAUGCAGGGAAAUAUGCAAGCAAAAUCUGCAUUAGGUGCUGCCGUAUUGAACCAAGGUGUUAGUGGUCUCCCAUUGAAAGGCUGGCCUCUAACGGGAAUUGACCAGCUACGCCCAAGUUUGGGUGCACAAGUGCAAAAGCCUUUUAUGUCUACUCAGAAUCAGUUUCAACUUUUGCCAUCAAAUCAACAACAACAAUACUUAGCACAGGCCCAAGCACAAACUAGCCUUGGCAGCUCACCCAGCUACGGGGAAAUGGAUACACGAAGAUUCAGGGCCUUGCCUAGGGGUGGUUUGAAUGGUAAAGAUGGUCAGCCUGGUGGAAAUGAUGGAUCAAUUGGUUCCCCAAUUCAAUCAAACUCACCAAAGGGUAGACAGGAUCAAGCUGAUUAUCUAAUGAAGUUGAAGGUGGCACACAUGCAGCAAGCCUCUAAUCAGCAACAACAGGAACUGCAACAGCAACAACAAUUGCAACAGAAUGCUAGGAAAAGGAAACAACCUACUUCUUCUGGAGCUGCAAACAGUACUGGUACAGGAAACACCGUUGGACCUUCCCCCAGUUCCCCUCCAUCAACUCCAUCUGCUCAUACACCUGGUGAUGGAGUUGCAAUGGCUGGUAAUUUGCAACAUGUGAAUAACAUGUCAAAAAGUUUAAUGAUGUAUGGUACAGAUGGAACGGGUGGACUUGCUUCUUCAUCAAAUCAAAUGGAUGACCUGGAGCAUUUUGGGGAUGUUGGUUCUUUGGAUGAUAAUGUGGAAUCGUUUCUGUCACAUGACGAUGGAGAUGCAAGAGAUAUAUUUGCUGCAUUGAAAAGAAGUCCUGCAGAGCACAACACAGAGUCUUUAAAGGGUUUUACCUUUACUGAGGCUGGUUCUAACCGUACAAGCAACAACAAAGUUCUUUGCUGCCACUUCUCUUCGGAUGGGAAGUUACUGGCCAGUGCCGGGCAUGAGAAGAAGGUUGUUUUCUGGAACAUGGAUACUCUGCAAACAGAAAGCACACCUGAGGAACACUCCCUUUUUAUUACAGAUAUUCGUUUUAGGCCAAACUCAACUCAUCUGGCUACAUCUUCCUUUGAUAGAACUGUGCGACUUUGGAAUGCAGCUGAACCAAGCAUUAGUUUGCAAACAUUUACUGGGCAUGGCUCCCAAGUGACAUCACUAGAUUUUCAUCCAAAGACGACAGAUCUGUUCUGCUCUUGUGAUGGCAAUGGUGAAAUUCGGUACUGGAAUGCUAGCCAAUACUCAUGCUCACGUGUUUCUAAGGGUGGCACGGCACGGGUAAGAUUUCAGCCCAGAAUUGGACAUCUUUUGGCUGCCGCUGCAGAAAAUGUGGUGUCCAUAAUUGAUGUCGAGACAGAUAUGAAGACACGCACGUUACAGGGUCAUAAGAAGGUGGUGCAAUCUGUUUGUUGGGAUGCAAAUGGAGACCAUCUGGCAUCUGUUAGUCAGGAUUCUGUUAAAGUCUGGUCCUUGACAUCAGGGGAAUGCAUUCAUGAGCUAAGCUCCAAUGGGAACCAGUUCCAUUCAUGCAUAUUCCAUCCAAGAUAUCCAAAACUUUUGGUUAUUGGAGGGUAUCAGACACUGGAGCUGUGGAACAUGGCUGAGAACCAGAGCAUACCGGUUCUGGCACAUGAUGGCCUGAUUGCAGCUUUGGCUGAGUCACCUUUCACAGGACUUGUUGCCUCAGCAAGUCACGACAAAUCCGUCAAGAUAUGGAAAUAGGCGAGUUCGGUGACUGAACCUUUUUAUGGCGACAUUUUGCUGUACAAAAAGAAGUGGAAAAGGGAGGGAUGAUAUGCAGUAUUGUGUUUUUAUUUGUUUGUUGAUUAGUUGGGCUUUAAAGGAAAUAAAAUCGAAAAUUUGGUGCUCUGGCCAUUGGUAGUAGCAAAAGUUCCUUGCUCCGAGAGGUGAAAAUUCUUAGUUAUGUAACAUUGUAGUACUAUACUAGAGAAUAUUUAUGAUGACAGAAGAAAGCAACAGGCUUAUAGUUCCUUUUUUUUUUUUAAAUUUGUAGUGACAUAUUUGAGUAAUUUGUAUUAUCAAACUUUGCUGGUUGGAAAA